AGUUUCUUUCAGAUAAUAUUAAGGAUUGUCACCGGAAAGACAAGAUUUAUUGUGCAAGGUGUAGAAGUAUUUGAUGCUGUGGUAGUACUGGUUGCAUUUGGACUCGAUAUUGCAUUUUUUGUUGCCCCCACUGAAAUUGCCGUUGGCAAGGAAUCUGCAAUUUUAAUAAUUCUUUUACGAUUGUGGCGUAUUAAUCGAAUCCUUCAAAGUGUCAUAGAUUCUGCCAAACAGAAAUUAUCUAAUACUAUUAGUGUAUAUCAAAAGGAAAAAGUACAUUCUGAUCAAAAAGUUGAUCUCUUGAUUUUGAAAGUGGAAGAUUUAGAGCAUGAAGUGGCAUACCUAAAGGAGAAAUUAAAGAAGACUGAAAAGGAGCCUUUGUUCAUGAAACGUCGCAAAGCAAAGGAAUCCUCAUCUUUACCAUUUCCUUUGCCAUCUUCUAUCGUUAUUCCCCCUGAAACCUUUCGAUUACCAACUUCUCAGUCCUUGAAUGUUGAUUGUCACAGCCCAUUUCAAGUCAGAGAGCUGAAAGACAAAGUCACCCUAUUUGCCGAAAAUGCUGCCACGAUAAUCGUUGACGAAGCCUUGCUGUUGGCUUCGCACAUACGUUCGCCUACCGAUCUCCCACCUCCAAGAGUGAGCAGUCCAAAAAAUAAAGUGGGCACAAAACUCCGUAGGCGGCCAGACGGUAGUCUAGAGAGUGGUUAUGGAUCGGCUUCAAGUUCCAUUAACUGGAAUAAAAAUCGCCCACAUACCAGGACUGAAGAAGAAAAACAAUCAGUUCCCCUCGCUGCUAUUAGGGAUAGUCUAAAAUGCCCAGAGAGCAGCCCUGAGAGUGGCUACGGUUCCGGAGGCUCUGCCCAUAACCCCAAUGUUGAUGGUGUGAGUCCCGGAGUAACAGAUGAAUCAGGCAAAACUCCACUUUCCAGAACCACAAAGCUGGUGGGCACUGUUUUCCUUUUCCCUGAGGCUUCUACUACUGAGGCCAUAAAUUUACGGGAUGUCAAGGUAAAGAUUUUGGAUGAAAAAUCUGAGAUAGAGAGAAUAAGGCAUGUGGAAUUUAAUCCUAAUAAGAUUGAAAAGGAUGUGCCAAUGACAUCAUUGUGAUUCUACUAAAGGCGGAAACAAAGUUUGACAUGACAUACCUAACUGUGUUCACCUGCUCGAGGCAGCUAUCUAACUGUUAAAGCAAUUACUUGAUGUUUUCUUGUACCCCCCUUUCUUUUUAUAAAGCCUUUAUUAUUCUUACAGAAUAUUCUCCUCACACUGGAAUGUGACAUUUAAGUCCAUAAUUGCAUAUAUCUGUGGGUAAAUGAUUAACAAUUGUUGGAUUACUUUGAAAGGUUAUUUCUGUAAUUAUUAGAACUUUAAAAGUUCUAUUCAUGAACAGAAAUGAGCUUAUCCAGAAUAGCAAGAGUAGGAUUGGAAUGACACAUCAACGAUAAGUACUUAACUGUUUUAGUCAGAAAUCUUCUCAGUCUUCUCCACUGUUCUUUUUGGCAUAAUUUGCAAACUCUAACAAGAGUGUAUUGAUUUCAUUUGCUUGCAAGGAUUUUGAUACAUGAUGUGAAGAUCUACUUGUAUGUGUUAUUGUUUUUAUGUAUGUUGGAAUCAGUGUUGCUACUUUAUGUUGCACAGAAAUUAGGUAUAGCUUUUAGAUUAGUUUGACUUUCACCGAAUCUAGGUGCAACAGUACUGCACAAAAUUUCAGAUUCUUGCCAAAAUUAAAAAAAAAAAAAAAAAAAAAAAAAAAAAAGAAGUU